UGGAUCGUGAAACGAAUAGCGACCCAAGUAAACGGCAUGUUGAGACGAAUUUGGGUUCAAUGACUGAAUGGGUGUACGAUAAAAUUCAGAUCAAUAGUUUAAAUAAAACUCACUCACGGGAGCUUUGUGGAGAAUGGCUCUGAUUCGUCGUUCUCCAAUUCCAUGACAUCUCUCUUGGCUUGAAAGCUGUAGAAAUACAUUCAAUUCUUGUCGUCCAUCUUGAUCUCAAACUAUUCGUUUUCUCAAGAUCUUCAAUCUGAGGCUCGAAUUGUCUGUAUUUGUUCGACGAAUUGGCUGCUGUUAUGUCAAGAUCAACACGUGAAAUACGCUAUCAAAAUUUAUCGCUUGCAGAUCUUAAUGCAGAUGAGUGGAAUGGAAGAAAUGAACGUAGCAAGCCUGGUUGGGGUUUGAAGUUUCGUGAAAACUUCCGUUGAACAAUUUUAUCGCCUUGUGGGUAGAAGGCUACAUUAGUUUACGAAUUUUAGAUAUUAAAUUGCGUUUCUUCAGGGUUUGUUACUGAAUAAUAUGUACUGAAGAUAAAGUGCUUGCGAGAAUUGCUUGCGGUCAUGUUUUAUGGUGUGGCGGCAUGGGACCCCUGGCUUAUUAUUGCACAGAUUGUUUGUCUUCAAUGCUUAUACUAUAUCACUCUUGGACUCUUCUUAGCGAUACUUGUCGGGACACGGGUGUCUUGGCUGAGCCUCGUAUAUUUCUUUGAUUAUGCAACCAUCACUACCUCUACCGUGUCUGGUUGGUGUGUCAUUGCUUCAUUGCUUCUCAGCUCAGUUGCGGGGGCUGCUUACAUGCUUUUUUUUAUUGAAAGGGCGAAGAAGUGCUUGGACUUUUCAGCCACCCUCUACAUCAUUCAUAUUUUUAUCUACAUAGUUUACGGAGGUUGGCCAUCUUCCAUAACACGGUGGAUUGUGAAUGGUACUGGAAUUGCAAUGACGGCAUUGCUAGGUGAAUAUUUGUGCAUCAGGCGUGAACUGCAGGAUAUACCAAUAACGCGAUACCAUUCAAGUGUUUGAUUGGCAGAAGACUGAAGUUGCUUAAAGUCCUAAAAAAUCGUCUUGCGACACUGCAACUGCUGUUGUUUGUGUCUUGUAUUUGGAUGACCUCCUAUAUGGAGUCCUUAAAGUGCAUAAUUUUGUUAUGCAAUUGAAAGAAUGGUCUUUUCCCGUGUUUUCCUCUUUAGCUACAGGGAAGAAAACUCAGAUAAUCAGAGCUGACUGGGUACACCAUUUUUCAGGGAAUUAUUCAACUCUUGAAAUUAGUGAUUCUUUUAUCUUUCUUUUUCCUCGUGGUUUUUGGGUCAUGUGGGUAGUUGAUGGAGCUUCCAUUCUUUUACACUAUUGUGGGUUCUAAGGUCUGCUUACAACCUUAACAUUUGUUAAAUGUUGCAUAGCUUUCUGCCCAAGAUUGUUGAGUUAGAAAAUCGAAUGAACCACUGGCACAGACUUGUUUUACCUUAUUAUUUCAUCAAUAUCGGAUUCAAAUUUGCAGUUGGUCA